CCGGUUCUCCCCAACCACCACCACUCCCUCCAGCUCUUCUACAUAGUGGGGGGUUCACAGCACACGACCGCUCGCUCCUCUAACACAACUUCAUUCUUUACGAUGCGUCGUUUACUCGUCGCUUCGGUUGCUGCGCUCGGUCUCGCGGGCGCAUUCGCCCAUCCCGGUGGCAACAACAACGACAACCAGGUCCGUCGUCGUAAGACCCUCAGCUUCGGCCCUGUGCACCCACAUGCGGUAUACCGCACGGACCCCGUCUACGCGUCCAGCGGGUUCGCAGACGCGACCAGCGAUCCGGUUGAGGUUGCGCAGCACUUCGUAGAGGAGCUCACGCGGGAGACGUCGCCUGCCAGCUCGUUCGUCAUUCGGAAGGACUCCUAUACGGACAAGAACACUGGCGUAAGCCACGUCUACGUGCGCCAAUUCUUGCAUGGCAUCGAGGUCUCCGACGGGGACAUCAACGUUAACGUGAAGGACGGUGUCGUAAUCUCGUACGGUGACUCGUUUUACCGUGGCUCUGAGCCAGAUCCUUUCGUGUCUGGUCUCGUGCGCGGUCUUCCGGAUGCGCAUUCGGAGCACUGCGCCGACCUCUUCGAGGAGCUUGAGUCGCGCGCGGAACAUCUCGAGCAGCUCAUGGAGGCGCAGGAGGCUCUGGGAUUGCAGAGUGAGCAGGUCACGCUCGGCAGCAGCAAGCCAGCCGCGCUCAUUGAGCAGGCUCUCGGGGACCUCCCGCUGCUCUACCAGUGGAACUGCGAGCACGUCAGCACGCCGUUCUUCAUGGCGAACCAUGAUGCAUUCGCGAACCAGGAGGACGCGAUGGGCGACCCGACGCGUGCGCUGCUCCAGUUCAUGAUCGCGGCGACGCCGAACCAGACGCUCGCGGAGGACCUCAUGGAGAACCCUGCUGCGCACCUUGAGAAGAUGCAGUCGACCUGGGAGACGCACUUCGUCGGUGGCCACGGCACGAUCUCCGGGCUUGUGAGCAACGUUCCCGACGCUGUCAACCCUGUCAAGGCGAAGGCUGCGUUCAUCCAAGUGCCCAACGGCGACUCGAUGUCCCUUGAGCUCGUUUGGAAGUUCGAGGUCGAGAUGCAGGACAACUGGUACGAGGCUGCCGUGAGCGCCUCCCAGCCGCAUCGCAUCAUUUCCGUCGUCGACUGGGCAUCAGACUCGCCGAUGCCGGUUGCUCCCGUCCCGCCGGUCGACAAGAACACGGGUGUUUACAAGGUCUUCGGCUGGGGUGUCAAUGACCCAUCCGUCGGUAAUCGAUCCGAGCAGAAGGAGUACUUCGACUCCCUCGCCAGCCCGAUCGGAUGGCAUUCAUUGCCGUACGCGAACGACCCGCAGUCGCUCCGCAUGAAGGUCAAGAGUGGACCCAAGGGUGAGAAGCUGCGCAACACGACGACUACUUGGGGCAACAAUGUCUUCGCGCACGAGAACUGGGAGGGUCGCAACGACUGGGAGACCAACUACCGUCCGGACGCAGGCGAGUCGCUGGUAUUCAACUUCACGUACGUCCCGAAGAAGACGGAGAGGGAGGAUGCGCUUGAUGAGGCGCAGAAGUACAUCAACGCGACAGUCACCCAGUUGUUCUACACCAGCAACCUCGUGCACGAUCUGUACUACCGGUAUGGCUUCGACGAGGUCUCGGGUAACUUCCAGCAGCACAACUUCGGUCGUGGCGGCGAGGAGAACGAUGGCGUCAUUGCCAAUGCUCAGGACGGCAGCGGGUACAACAACGCCAACUUCAUGACUCCUCCUGACGGUCAGAACGGUCGUUGCCGGAUGUACCUCUGGAACACUGCGAACCCGUACCGUGACGGUGAUCUUGAGGCUGGCAUUGUGAUCCACGAGCUCUCGCACGGUCUCAGCACGCGUCUGACGGGUGGCCCUGCCAACUCCGGCUGCCUCGGCUGGGGUGAAUCCGGCGGCAUGGGUGAGGGCUGGGGAGACUUCCUCGCCACUACCAUCCGGAGCAAUGCGAACUACUCGGACUACGCGAUGGGUGCCUGGGCUGCCAACCGUGAGGGCGGCAUCCGGAAUUACGUGUACUCGCUCAACGAGACGAUCAACCCCUCGACGUACAAGACGCUCGACAAGCCCGGCUACUGGGGCGUGCACGCGAUCGGCGAGGUCUGGGCAGAGGUGCUCUGGGUCGUCUCGCAGCGCCUGAUCACGAAACAUGGCUUCGUCGACACACUCUUCCCGCCACUCCCCGCUCAGGACGGUACCGUGCCUGAGGGCGACUUCUACCGCUCCGCGGAGUUCACCGCCGAGGGCGCGCGCAAGCCGCUUAUCCCCAAGCACGGCAACUCGCUCGUCGUGCAGCUCGUGCUGAACGGCAUGAAGCUCCAGCCUUGCAGGCCGUCGUUCUUCGAUGCGCGCGACGCGAUCAUCUCGGCGGACCAGGUGUUGACCGGCGGCGAGAACUACUGCGACCUCUGGACGGCGUUUGCGGAGCGUGGCUUGGGCCCGGAAGCACGUGUGGACGGCCGCACGCCGUGGGGCGGAGGAGUGCGCACGAACGACUAUGCCGUCCCGGCGAAGUGCGCGGCCGACGAGCCUGAACUUUGAGCGGUCGGCGGUUGUAUGUCUGUGACCCCUGAGGAGGCGGUGGCCCGUCUUCAGGCUCUUGACUGUUACUUGAUACUCUCUGUAAUUUUAGUUUGUGUACAUCUUUGGAUAUAGACUCGCCUAUCAUGACAUACUCUGAUUUGUGGUCC